AUGUCCUCAACUAACUCAACAGAAAACCAUGCUGUGGAGGAGAAGUAUGAAGAUCAACAACAACAACAACAGCAACAGCAACAGCAACAGCAAAAAGAUGCUUUAGCCAACAAGCCAUUGAAGGAAUAUAUUGGUAUCAGUAUAAUGUGUGUGCUUAUUGCCUUUGGUGGUUUUGUUUUUGGCUUUGACACUGGUACCAUUUCUGGUUUCAUUAACAUGCCUGACUUUUUACAAAGAUUCGGUGGUACUAGAGCUGAUGGUACUCUUUAUUUUUCUAAUGUUAGAACUGGUUUAUUAAUUGGUUUGUUUAAUGUAGGUUGCGCCCUCGGUGCUUUGUUUUUGUCCAAGAUGGGUGAUAUGUACGGUAGAAGAGUUGGGAUUAUGGGAGCAAUGAUUAUUUAUAUUGUUGGUAUCAUUGUCCAAAUUGCUUCCCAGCAUGCUUGGUAUCAAGUUAUGAUUGGUAGAAUUAUCACUGGUCUUGCUGUUGGUACAUUGAGUGUCUUAUGUCCAUUGUUUAUUUCAGAAGUCUCCCCAAAACAUUUGAGAGGUACUUUGGUGUGCUGUUUCCAAUUGAUGAUUACUUUAGGUAUCUUUUUGGGUUAUUGUACUACCUAUGGUACUAAAACUUAUUCAGACUCUAGACAAUGGAGAAUUCCAUUAGGUUUAUGUUUUGCCUGGGCUUUGUGUUUGGUCGCUGGUAUGCUUAGAAUGCCAGAAUCGCCUCGUUAUCUCAUUGGUAAUGAUAGAAUUGAUGAUGCCAGGAUUUCGCUCGCUAGAACUAAUAAAGUUUCUCCAGAAGACCCAGCAUUAUACCGUGAACUUCAAUUACUUCAGGCCGGUGUUGAGAGAGAAAGAUUGGCUGGUUCUGCAUCAUGGAAAUCGUUGAUAACCGGUAAACCAAGAAUUUUCGAAAGAGUGUUUGUGGGUGCCAUGUUGCAAUCAUUGCAACAAUUGACUGGUGAUAACUACUUUUUCUAUUACAGUACCACCAUUUUUAAAUCUGUUGGUUUAAAUGAUUCUUUCCAAACUUCUAUUAUUAUUGGUGUUAUUAACUUUGCUUCUACUUUUGUGGGAAUUUAUGCGAUUGAGAAAUUAGGUAGAAGACAUUGUUUAUUAAUCGGUUCUGUUGCUAUGUCCAUUUGUUUUUUGAUUUACUCAUUGAUUGGUACACAGCACCUUUAUAUUGAUCAACCAGGUGGUCCAAGUAGAAAACCAGAUGGUAACGCUAUGAUUUUUAUCACUGCACUUUACGUGUUUUUCUUUGCUUCUACAUGGGCUGGUGGUGUAUAUUCUAUCAUGUCUGAACUUUAUCCAUUGAAAGUCAGAAGUAAAGCUAUGGGUAUAGCUAGUGCAUGUAACUGGUUAUGGGGUUUCUUGAUUUCUUUCUUUACUUCAUUUAUUACUGAUGCCAUCCACUUCUACUAUGGUUUUGUGUUUAUGGGCUGUUUAGUGUUUUCCAUUUUCUUUGUCUACUUUAUGGUUUACGAAACUAAAGGUCUUACCUUGGAAGAAAUUGAUGAAUUGUACUCAACCAAAGUUGUCCCAUGGAAAUCAGCUGGUUGGGUUCCGCCUUCAGAGGAAGAAAUGGCAACUUCUACUGGUUAUGCUGGUGACGCCAAACCAACAGAAGAACACGUUUAA